CUCCGCAAAGCUGGGGGUCGCAGCGGCUCAGUGCUGGCUUAGGAGUGGCUCGGGUAUAGCCGCGAGUGCAGGAUUUGCUGCCACGUCAUCUCGCAAGCGAUCGGCGCCGCUCGACAGCCACACUGUGAAAAAAAAGUGAGGGCCACCUGUGAGAGCCAUGCGCAUCUGCCCAGCAUGCACCCGUGAGAACGACGACGACGCGAGCGCCUGCGAAAUCUGCAACGAGCCGCUCGAAGCAGCCGCGGCCGCUGCCGCGCCGGCGGCCGCGCCGGCGGCCGCGCCGAUGAAUGCCGUCGAGGCGUGGCACCAGGAAGGCCUGCGCCUCAUCGCGCGGGAAACCGACGACCGCAUGCGCACAUUGCUGCAGUCGAACCUCGCCGCGCUCGUCGAGGCGCUGCCGCCCGACGAGGCGCCACCGGUGGCGACGCCGCGGCGGGUCGCACGGGCGCCCGCGGCGAGACGCCGCGCCCCGGCGCCGGCGCCAGCACCAGCGCCAGCCGCCACGCCGUCGCCGCCCCGCCGCCGCCGCCGCGCGAGCGACGACGUCGUGGGGGGUCGGACGCGCCGCGCACGGCGCGAGAGCGAACCAAUCUUCGUCGAGCGCGGCUACCUUGAGACCUACCCGUCCGUCGAUGCCAUGAUCGACACGUUCGUGCCGGCGUCGCUCUUCACGCGGCGCGCGGCGCCGGCCGACGCCGUCCACCGCUUCCGCGCCCUCGCCGCUGCGUACCUGCGCCUCGAUGUGAAGGUGCGGCAACCGGCGUCCAAGUAUCCUUACAGCGGGUCGCGGCGAUGGCGUGCUGUAGAAGUACUCUCGACGUGCCGCGCAGGCGGUCUUCGACGUGCGCGCGUUCUCGUGCGGCCCCGGCGGCCCGGAGCUCCGGCUGGCCGCCGACGCGCCAGCUGAUGUUUUGACAUUGCUCGCGGCGCCGCCGGACGACGCCUACGUCGUCGCGUAUCUGAAGGAGGAACUGAUUUACGACCGGCUCGGCCUUGCGGCCGGGGAAGACGUCCUCGACGCGGUCCCGCGGCUCGGAGGCCAGGACGCCGGCGGCGACGCGGUCGAGGCAGUCGGAACGUGGCUGGCACCGAUGCCAGGAGGAAGAGUCGGCGGCGCGGACCGCUGGAGCCUGCCGGACCCCGCGGAGAGAGACUUGCAGGUCUUUUGGAGCGUCGGCGCCACGGACUCCGGGACGCACCGAGACGAGACUGAAUCUAUCCUCAUUGUCGUCUCCGGACGCAAGACGGUCCACUUGUGGCACCAACGCGCGCCGUGCGGCAUCGGCGCAGGCGACCGCAACCGGAGCCUUGAUAAUGAGCGGCCCGACGGCACACUCGUGCUCGAAGCCGGCGCCGCGCUCCACAUCCCAAAAGGCAUGUGGCACCGGAUCUCGAGCGCCGCGGGAACGCUCGCGUUCAGCGUUCGCGUGGCCGACGCGACGGCCUUCGCCGCGUGUAAGUGAUAUGUAACAUACAAA